UUUGAAACUCUGGGGACUGGGGGAUUAUAUUAUUAUUACAGUAUACACUUUUCAAAUAUAGAUAUUGAUUAAUCUGUUGUAACUUUUACCCAGUGGAUAGUGCUAUAACGCAAUACAAACACACCCACACUCAAGUUCGACAGUCAUAUACAUACACGCAAAGUAACAGCCAUAUACACAUAUACAUACAAGAUGUCAAUCGAUUCAACACUUUUGAAAAAGGCAGUGCCUGCGCUACUCAAGGCCAGCAAAGCACAACUAGAAAACAGCUCUACGCUACUUCAAGAUGAUCAGCAAUUCCUACUGUUUAUUGCUGUCGAUAAGAUUCCCGACCCCAAGAAAAAAGUUAUCCAAAUACCCGUACCACACCCCUUCAGCAACGAACAGACCGAAAUCUGUUUGAUUACGAAGGACCCCCAAACCGGUGAACGCGAGUGGAAGGACAAAGUGGCCGAGCAGAAGGUUCCCAAUGUGGCCAAGGUGGUCAGUUUAAGCAAGCUUAAAACCAAGUUCAAAACAUACGAAAGCAAGCGCACACUGUGUGACUCAUACGAUCUAUUCAUGGCUGAUGACCGCAUCAUGCCCAGUCUGCCGCACUUGCUGGGCAAGUACUUCUUCGGGAAGAAAAAGAUGCCUAUCGGCGUCAACUUGAGAAAGGAGAACAUGGUCAAAGAGAUCGUGCGUGCGCGAGAUUGCACGCAGAUGCGUGUUGGCCUAGGAAAUUGCAUCACUAUCAAGGUAGGAACCACCGGCCAAUCGGCUGAGGACGUCGUGGCCAACGUACAGGCGGUGGUUGACGCUGCAAUCCCAAAGAUCGACGGUAAAUGGAAGAACAUCAAGAGCAUCGGCUUGCGAACACAGAACUCUGUGUGCCUUCCCCUUUACAAUGCGUUGGUUAGUGAGAUCAAAGAAGAAACAAAGACUCCUACUGACGACAGCGAUAAGAAGUCCACUAAGCGAAGGCGUGACGAGAGUGAUAGUGCAGUUGUUGAACCCGUUGUCAAGGAGACCAAGGCAUCGGUGAAGAAAGCGGCGGUAGCUAGUAAAUCGAGUGCGAAAAAGAAUAGUGCGAAGAAGCAAAAGGUAGCCGCUUAGAUUAUAUUCACAUUAAGUUAAAAUUAUAUCCGCAUUGAGCUGAUUGCCUGAUUAUUGCCAUUGCCGGGAAUCUGACAGUGUCGGUGAUAAGAUAGAAGUUAUAAGCACGGGCGGGAUCACUAUGACUGUGCGCGCGUGUGUGGGGUUGUAUAUAGAAAGUAGAAUUGUCAGAAUAAACACAAUCAAUA